AUGGAACCCUGCGUGAAUCCAUCAAAUACAGAAAUUCACGAGCGCGGGAACCACCGGGGAAGUCGAUCGGUCGAUCUUCAGGUUUGCUCGUGCAGCGCGACUGACUCCAGUAUCGGCUUCGUGGAGUCGCCGAGAACCUUGGCUAAGAGAAUAGAAAACUUCGUCACUGAAAAUGCUUGGAGCGAAGAAAUCCGCGCUCAGAAAGUCUUAAUUCUCUUGCACGCGCGAGAUCGACAAAUCGCACACUUGCAAAAGCGCGUGGCUGAGCUGGAGGAUACUGCUGCGAAUUUACACGCCAUCGGUAUUCGUGAAUCUUCCGUAUCGUCGAGUAACGAGACUCUUGGAAACGAUACGUCCUCCUACCUAUCAAUUCCGGGGUCGAUACAGUUCAUCAAGAAAUUUUGUUAUUGCGAAGAAGGUAGAUCCAAAUCAAAACAUGAACUUUCACAAAGUUCCAAAGAGAGUGUAAUCGAAGCAUCGGACGAUAGAAAUCAUUUUGCGGAAAGUGGAUCGAAAAAGUCCAGUGUCCCGAAAUUAAAGUUACAAAGUUCAAGAACAUCAGUCUCGGAUAAGGAGCUGUUCUCAACGGUGACCGAUCGACCAAGAUUUCUCGGCGAUCCCUGCUGCGAAAUGAAGAGUCUGGAAAAGAGUAACGUACCGAUUGACCGGGGCGACGGUCUCGGCUUUGCGCAGAAGAAGGACCUGACGAAUAGCUCCAACGUGAGCUUGCAAGCUGAACCAAAGUCGAGGUAUCCCGCGAGGAUAUCCUCCAGUGUACCCUGGAUGAGAACGAAACGAAGCUUUCGUAGGAAGAGUCGAGGAUGUCGAGGAUUCGAGCUGGGGAUGAAAAGAGAAGACGGUGUAUCGCAAUAUCAUCCAAGGAAAAUCAGUGGGAUCACGUCAGGGACUAUGGCAUCGUACAGACUGAAUCCUGAGAGAUCAGCAGGACAAUCAGGGAGAUCAUGUCAGAAACAACAAAAGGCGAAGAAACUGGUCCACGACGCUGCGCAAGAAGCACGACUUAUCCUGGAUCAAGAUACGUGCGUUCGGAUGAAGAGUGCGUCUACUCAGACGAUAGUCGUUGAUGUGAAUUCUGGUAAAAGAUCGUUAGAUAUUUGUCAGGAUAAAGUUUUGAAGGUUGUCACAUCUCAGAGAUCCUGUGCAGAUGAGAGCAAGUGGAAUCUAGAUGAUCCUGCACCUCAGUGGCUGAUAGCGGAAGCCCUCAAUAAGGAACGUGAAAGAAGUCAAACCGAUCAGGCAGAUUGUGUUAAGGAUAUUGCAGAGAAUAACGAAUCUUUGACAAUGAGAUAUGAAAAUAUUGUUUUGGAAAUGGAAGGAAAAUUAGAGGAUGCCAAAGCUCAGCUGAAAGAGAGUUUCAAGAGAAAUUAUCUUAUUAAGGAAAAAUACAGAAGGGCUUUACGUAAUGUCAAAUUGGAGGCUGCGCAUGAUAAUGAAAUACUUCAGGGAAAAGUGGUUAAUAUUUAUUCAUCGAUUCUUCAAAAACUUGCACCAAACCGUAAAACAAAAGUUGCUCGGCCUUCAAAGUAUCACAAGCGACUCAAGUCAUUCAAAAAAUUUUCCAAAAAAAUGAACACGAAAUUUCGAAGAAUCCUUCUGGCGUCGAAGAAACUAAACCAAGAGCUUCUUUUAUCGAGAAAAGCUUUGGCAGAAAAAACAGCACAGUACGAAUCGUUGAACAGUUGUUUCGCCAAACUGAAGCACGAGUUGGAAACAGCUGAAGUCAAUUUGAAUGGUCUCAUAAAAGAGAACAGCUCACUGAGAAAGAAAUUCGAAGACACCAGAGAGUGGAUAGAAUUGAAGAUCGGCAAGGAGCGUCAUGAAAAAUCAAAUUUUGCUCAAUACAAGGAAAUGCAAAGGAACAGGGAAUUCAGGAAUAUGAAAAACAAAGCAGAAGAGGAUUUCGCUACUAUAACUCAGCUGCGAAACAAGCUUUUGCGUUCGGAAUCCGCUAAUGCGAACAAAGGAUUCCUGUUAAACAGUUAUAAAAGUCAGCUGGCAGAUAUGACUAAAGAAAAAGAUGAGUACGUGGUAAAAUUGAAAGAACUAGAAAACGAAAUGGCCGUAUUACGUAACAACAAUGGACAGUUGAAAGCUAAGAUUUCGCUAUUGAGCAACGAGAAGGAUAAGCUAUUGUUUGAGUCUGAAAAAAUGGAGAAAUUACAAAGCGACGUAAAGGACAAGCUUGAAAAUCGACUAACAUCGAGGCAUGAGAAGUCAGUGUUACACGAGAUGGAUGCCAUGAAAGCAAAGUCCGAUGAAGUUGUCAGAAUCUUGAAAAGUAAACUAAAUGCAUCUGAAACUUGCAAUGCUGAAUAUUUUGUAGCCAUAAAGGAGUUUCUCAAAGAAAUUCAUGAAUGGCAAACGGAACUCGAGGCUGAGGAAAAAUUGAGUACCAGCGAAGCCAGCGAGCGAGAAGCUCACGAAACGGCCUGUGCAAUUUUGAACAUGACUCGUGGCCAAUUGUCAAAAUUCAUGAAAGACAAAUCCCCAAACACAGUCAAUUGCUGGUUAUUGGAUUUUCACAAAAUCACAGCAAAAGCUAACUUCUCGCAACCCCUGACCAAAUUUUUGAUUAAGAAAGUCACGGAACAAAGGAAAUGACAAAAUUCUUAAAUAUUUGGCAGACCGAAGUUUAUUG